AGGCCGCGGGGUACUCGAUCGGGGUCGGAGCUUGCGUCGCGCGCCCCUUCCGUCUGCCGGUGGCCGGAUGGCGACGGCAGCAGCGAGAGCGGCGUCGCCCACCGUCGCCGCCCGCGUUGUCACGGUCGUCCCCAUCCUAGUCCUGAUCAUCGCAGGGCAAGUGCGAGUAGCGGAGGCCCUGUCCAUCGGCGUCAACUACGGGCAGAUCGCGAACAACCUCCCGUCGCCGGCGCGCGUGUCGUCGCUACUCCGGUCGCUCAAGAUCAGCAAGGUGAAGCUCUUCGACGCGGACCCGCACGUCCUGCGCGCGUUCCUCGGCACGGGCGUGGAGUUCGUGGUCGGCAUCGGCAACGAGGCCGUCCCGGCGAUGGUCAGCCCCGCGGCGGCGGAGGCGUGGCUCCAGCUGCACGUGGUCCCGCACCUCCGCGCCGGCGCGCGCAUCACCUGCAUCACCGUCGGCAACGAGGUGUUCAAGGGCAACGACACCGUCCUGCAGGCCAGCCUGCUGCCGGCGAUGCGGUCCGUGCACCAGGCGCUCGGCGCGCUCGGCCUGCAGGGGCGCGUGAACGUGACCACCGCGCACUCGCUGGACAUCAUGGGCGUGUCGUACCCGCCGUCCGCCGGCGCGUUCCACCCGUCCGCCGUGCCGCACGUGCAGCCGUUCCUGGGCUUCCUGUCGGCGACGAGGGCGCCGUUCCUGAUCAACUGCUACCCGUACUUCGCGUACAAGGACGAUCCGGCGCGCGUGCAGCUGGAGUACACGCUGUUCCAGCCCAACGCCGGCGUGGUCGACCCGCGCACGAGGCUCGUCUACGACAACAUGCUGUACGCGCAGGUGGACGCCGUGUACGCGGCCAUCCAGGCGCUGGGGCACACGGACGUCGACGUGAAGGUCUCCGAGACCGGGUGGCCGUCCCGCGGCGACCCCGACGAGGUCGGCGCGACGCCCGAGAACGCCGGCACCUACAUCGGGAACCUCCUCCGGAGGAUCGAGAUGAAGCAGGGCACGCCGCUGCGGCCGCAGGUGCCCAUCGACGUCUACGUCUUCGCGCUCUUCAACGAGAACCUCAAGCCCGGCCCGGCGUCGGAGCGGAACUACGGCCUCUUCUACCCCGACGGCACGCCGGUCUACAACGUCGGCCUCCGCGGCUACCUCCCGCCGAUGGCAUCACACGGACCACCCACUCAGGUCACCGGCCGAAGCCAACCGAAAAUCUCAUGGAGGUGAAUCAUAACUAUGAAUUGAAACAACGUUUAAGUUGAGAAUUUAGAAACUCCGACCGAAAAGGCUAGCUCCGUCCAAUGAUCCGUGCUUAUCCUUGGCUACAUAACAUGAUGCUUUCACCUGAUUGCUCUGGAAAAGAAGUUGCGUUUUCGUUGAAUGGUAGUGAGGUGGCAGUAUGACAGGUAAAGGCAGUUAUGCAUUUGGCAGGCAAGGAAUAGAAUUCUCCACCGAUUGAAGUGUCCCAUCUGCUUGCACCUAGAGCAACUCUAACAGUUUCCAUCUAACUUGCCAUCUCUGUUUUUGGUAAAUUGUAAAAAAACUGUCUUCAACAGUUUGUCAUCCGGGUUUCCAAAUUUUAGCAAUUUGCCAUAUCCUCUCGUUUGCGCGCAUAUAUGGGAGUCCGGGUUUUACUUGAGUGCAGGAAAGUACGACGCUGGGUUUCUCUCGCGCCUCAGCCUGGAAAAUUCACGGUGCGACGUUUUCCUUUUCUCUGGAGUCUCGGCGUCACCCCUCGCCGCGGUGUUGUCUUCGAUAUUCCAGAGUCGCCGCCCAG